AUGGAUCAAAGAACAGAAAUUGACUUGAAAGAAUCCGCAGCGAGUUUGACCAUGCAUGGAUUCGGAAGAUUGCUUUCGACCAAAUCAAAAGCAAUGAGAUGCAUCUGGUUGUUGCUAAUUCUUUUCUUCGUAUCACUUGUAAUUUUGACAGUGAUGCCAACAAUUCGGGGCUACUUCAAAAGCCCGUCUUUAACAAAAGAAGAAACUGUCAGGGUAUCAGAAAUGAAGAUUCCAGCUGUAACAGUAUGCGGGCCAAGCUUUAGUAAAGCUAAAGUCACAAAAUUCGCAAAAGAGAAAAACAUAACCGUUAAAUAUAACUGGCUUGGACGUAUAGACAACAUGGAUGACAUAUUAUGGAAAGCUUCCUCUCUAGAAGAUAUAGCAUAUGAUAACAACACCAUGUUUAUUAUCAACCCUGACAAACAUGACAUUGCCAUCGAAAGAGUACUUGUGGCCAACCAAGGUUAUUGCUACAAAGUAAAUGCGAAUGGAACUGCCAUACAAAAAUCGGUUAAUCUUGGGUUCACCUUCGAUAUUAUUUUAUUUGUAAAUUUAUCAAAUGGAGUACAAUUUAAUACCUCUCCAACAGACGCCGUUCAUGUUCUCAUACAAGAUCACAAACAAUUUCCGUCUCUGGAUUCUGGGAGAAUUCUUGCUCCAAUCGGCCAUCAGACUUUUAUUGAAAUGAAAAAGACCGAGAUUACGAGGCUUAAACCUCCUUACCCAUCAAAAUGCACAAAUGGCGAAAACAUGAAGCUGCUUUUCAAAGGUGAUUAUACAGUUAGCAACUGCAGAUUGUCUUGCCUCCUUAGCCAAGUUUCACAAAGAUGUUCUUAUAUAUUCGCUUGGCAUAGCCACCUUUUACCAAAAGCGAUGAGAAAGCAACUAUCAAGAAAUCAAAGCGAAGCUUCAUGCUCUUUGACAAUUACUGAAAAGCUCCUUGAUUCGAAUUACGCCUCCUGCAACUGCGAGCUACCGUGUACAGAAACGAAAUUUCGCAAGUAUUCAUCAACUGCAAAGAUGACAUCAGAGGACCCAAGGAUCCAUAAGCACAUCGUUGUAAUCAGCGUCUUUUUUGGGGGUAUGGAGUAUGAGAAAAUAACUGAAUUUAAAAUGUAUACUACUGAAAGGUUUGUUGGAGAAAUCGGAGGCCAGAUGGGAAUAUGGAUUGGUGCAUCAAUUUUUUCUGUAUUUGAGCUGAUUUAUUUGUUAAUCCAGUUUAUUGAUUUUUUAUGCCGGAAGAAGAGAAGAAAAUCUUCUAACCUCGAAAAAGGGGUCGCAAAAGAAGUGAAUGAUUCUGUUUUUUGA